AUUAUAGCCUAGUCUGUGUUUCAGAACCUGGUUCACUGGAUUACAACUACCAGCAGUGGAGAGCAUUCUCAUUCUAAAGUACAGUUCUAAAGCGAGUAUAUCUUCAAGUACAUGGCUGGAAUUGACGAACGCACCUUCAUUGCCAUCAAGCCCGACGGCGUACAGCGAAGGCUUGUUGGAGAGAUCAUCAAACGUUUCGAGCAGAAAGGAUUCAAACUCGUUGGAAUGAAACUACUCCACGCAUCUGAAGAAUUAUUGCAGGAGCACUACAGUGAACAUAAGGACAGACCGUUCUAUGCUGGCCUGGUCGAUUACAUGCACUCUGGUCCUGUUGUUGCUAUGGUUUGGGAAGGCCUUAAUGUUGUUAAGACUGGUAGAGUUAUGCUGGGCGAGACAAACCCGGCAGACUCUAAACCUGGCACCAUCCGCGGUGACUUCUGUAUCCAAGUUAGCAGGAACAUCAUCCAUGGGAGUGAUUCUUUAGACAGUGCAAAUAGUGAAAUUGACCGGUGGUUCCAGCCUGAAGAGCUUGUGUCAUAUCAGACCUGCGCAGACAGUUGGCUAUAUAACUAAGUGUGUACCCAUGUUGUCCUAGCAUUUCUCUAGAGAAAGUGGGACCUACAACACUAGAAGGACCUGCUACAGCUAUACCUCUUUAGUAGACAAUGUUUAAGAUGUAUAAACAGAUAUUUUGACCACCAUGGGCCUUCAUCGGGUCUCAGACCUGCUUUGGUUCUAUCAUUUCUACCCAAUCACCAUAAGUCCUAAUUAUGUAUGCCGACAUUGUAUUUUUACCGUUUUGUGAACACUGUCCAAUAAAAUGGUGAACCCAG